ACUCGACUCAGCGCAGCUCCGGUGACUGCGCGCGUGUGUGUCAGUCUCUGUGUGUGUGUGUGUCCUGCACGCUCCGUUCUCCCUGCACCCCGACAAGCUGACGCUCGCUCUCAACACACACGGAUCAACAGCACACACACGGCUCCUCCAGUCGCGUCGCGCGACCGAACCUGCUCCUGUCUCGUGCUCUGCUCUGCUCUGAUCUGAUAUGCUUGUUUGUGUCUCGAGCUUGUGACUAUUCGCGAGAGGCUACCGGAGUCGGACGGAAUGUUCGGAUUUAUUCCUCGCGACUGACUGGAAUUUAACCUGCUGAAGAGGGAGGGAAGGCUCGCGGCUCUCACUUCACUUCCCACCGGGAAUUACUCCUCGAGACUGCCUGCUCCUGCACGCGCUUCUCCCGAGGACGACAGACCCCCCCGGUAGCGCGCGGAGGGAUGUGGGGAUGGCGUGCGCCAGAAGAACUAAAACUUUGGUGUCCACGUGUGUGAUCCUGAGCGGCAUGAGCAACAUCGCGUGCCUGCUCUACGUCGGUUGGGUCACUAAUUACAUCGCCAACGGCUACGGCAGGGCGCCCGCGCCGCUAAGGGACAACCGAAAGUUGGAAACGGAUAAACGGAGCAGCGGCAACAACAAUAACGGAGAAGAAGCUCAGCUGAGGAUCAUCCAGCGCCUGGACAGACUAGAAAGCGUUGUCAACCAGCACAUCCAAGAGGUGCCUCUGCGAGGAGAUGGGGGCAUGGCCGAUGCUGACCAGUCCUUCUCUGACUCCUCCCUCUUCUCCCAUUGGGGGCGUGGCCUAAACCCUGAGAGUCGUCGCGUGGCGCUGAAGAUGUUCCAAUCACAUGGCUACAACAGUUACCUCAGCGACCGCCUCCCACUCGACCGAACCAUCACUGACCUCAGACCUGACGGGUGUAAGAACAUCUCCUAUCCUGCUCAUCUUCCUCAGCUCAGCAUCGUCUUCAUCUUCGUUAACGAGGCGCUCAGUGUUCUACUGCGAUCGAUACACUCCGCAAUACACACCACGCCACCGCAUCUGCUGAAGGAGAUUAUACUCAUAGACGACCACUCCACUACAGAGGAGCUUCAGGGUCACCUGGAGGAGUGUGUGUCGGAUAUUAACUCCGCGUCGCCCGGUCUGGUGAAACUGGUCCGGCACGACAAACAGGAGGGCCUGAUCCGCUCUCGCGUCUCGGGGUGGAGAUACGCCUCCGCACCAGUGGUGGCGCUCUUGGACGCUCAUGUAGAGUUCAACACCGGAUGGGCUGAGCCUAUCCUGGCGCGUAUCCAGGGGGACCGUACGCGUGUCAUCUCUCCGUCCUUCGACAACAUCAAGUUCGACACUCUGGAGCAGGAGGAGUACCCGCUGGCGGCACACGGGUUCGACUGGGAGCUCUGGUGCCGAUACCUCAACCCACCCAGGGCAUGUUGGGGCCAGGCCAACAGCACAGCGCCUAUACGGAGCCCUGCUCUGAUUGGUUGCUUCGUGGUUGACAGGCAGUACUUCCAGGAAAUCGGCCUAUUGGACGAGGGCAUGGACAUCUACGGAGGAGAGAACGUGGAACUGGGAAUCAGGGUCUGGCAGUGUGGUGGCAGUGUGGAGGUGUUGCCGUGUGCUCGUAUCGCCCAUAUUGAGCGCGCCCAUAAGCCGUACACACACACUCUCUCCUCACACGUACGCCGCAACGCCCUGAGGGUGGCCGAGGUCUGGAUGGACGAGUACAAGAACCACGUCUACAUGGCCUGGAACAUACCACAACAGGACUCUGGUAUUGACAUAGGAGACGUGUCUGAGCGUCGAGAGCUGCGGAGGAGACUGCAGUGCAGGAGCUUCAACUGGUACAUGAAGAACAUCUACCCAGAACUGAGGAGCUAUAUGGAUAUGGAGGCAUACGGAGCGCUGAAGAAUUCUCUGAAGCCCGAGUUGUGCUUGGACCAGGGACCGGAGCAGGACAACACACCCAUACUCUACCUAUGCCACGGCCUGACACCUCAGAAUGUGUACUACACCAGAUCUCAGCAGCUGUUUCUGGGCGUGCUCAGUCCGACUCUCGAUGACGAUGACAACAGGUGCCUAGUGGACGUCAGCGGCAAGCCCCGCCUCCUGGAGUGCAGCCACGCCCACUCCAAACGCAUGAAACUCUAUUGGAUAUUCACUCAGGAGGGUUCCAUCGUGAACAGGCGUUCUAAGCGCUGUCUGGAGCUGGUCCAGAGUUCCACAGCUGAGUUCGGGUUCCAGUUGGUUCUGCAGCGCUGCUCAGGACAGAGGUGGAGCAUCACCAACACCCUGGCCAAUCACAGCACUGCGGCCAACACAUGAGGACACAGCCAGCCAAUCACAGCACUGCGGCCAACACAUGAGGACACAGCCAGCCAAUCACAGCCCUCCGGCACAACACAUGAGGACACAGCCAGCCAAUCACAGCCCUCCGGCACAACACAUGAGGACACAGCCAGCCAAUCACAGGACAGGACAGAAGACUGAGUAGAGAUAAUAAUG